UAACCUUCCAAGCUGGCUCUGGUGCAGAGGAAGUAAUACGCAAUGAGAAAACUCUCAUCAUCUGUGCAUCAGGGAGAGAAUUACUGACUGAGUGCUGAGCAGUCAAGUUAUUGAUUCAAACCAAAGCCCAGUCUCUCUGUCUGCUGGGCUGGUUACAUCCUGCUGGUUCAUUGCAUUUAAUCGGAUUCCCUGAGCUGCCACGCAGAGGGGGUGAGUUAGAACCAGAUCCAUCUAUAAUGUUUGCUUCAAAAUCCAGUUCUGUCUCCCCUUCUCCGUCCAUGGAACAGGCAGAUUCAGAUGCUCUGGACAUCAGCACCAAGGUGCAGCUGUACGGUGUGCUCUGGAAGAGACCCUUUGGGAGGCAGUCAGCCAAAUGGUCCAGGAGGUUCUUCAUCAUUAAGGAAAGCUUCCUGCUGUACUAUGCUGAGAGUGAGAAGAAGAGUUUUGAAAGCAAUAAAUACUUCAAUAUCCAUCCGAAGGGUGUCAUACCCCUGGGAGGCUGCAUUGUGGAGCCCAAAGAAGAGGCCAACAUGCCUUAUGCCAUAAAGAUCUCUCAUGAAGACUUCCAUGGUAACAUUGUUCUAGCAGCCGAAUCAGAGUUUGAGCAGGCUCAGUGGCUGGAGAUGCUACAGGAGUCUGGAAAAGUGACCUGGAAGAAUGCCCAGCUGGGAGAAGCCAUGAUCGAGAGCCUGGAAGCUCAAGGACUACAGCUGGCCAAGGAGAAACAGGAAUAUUUAGAUAAACUAAUGGAAGAAACAGAGGAGCUAUGUCUGCAGAGGGAGCAAAAAGAGGAACUGGAGCGUCUGAACCAGAUCCUGGAAGCAGAGAAGCAGCGCUUUGAGGAGGUGGUGCGGGAGCUGCGGCUGGAGCAGGAGGAGAUCCGGCGGGAGCUGGAGCUCACAGCCCGCUCCCUCAAAGGAGUGGAGGAAGAGAAGAAAGAGUUGAGAAGCCUGACAGAGUCCUUACAGAACACCCUGGAGGAGCUCUCCCUGGAAAAACAACAAAUGCUGGAGAUGCUGGAAGAAAAUGAGAGCCAGGUCCCACCUCCAACCAGCCCCAGCAAGGAGCAAAGCCCCAUCUGGGGACUGCACUGCAGCCUGCGACAGAUUGAAGAGAAGAUGCAGCAACUUCUGCAGGAGAAACUCCUGGCAGAGAAAAGGAUGAAGGAGAAUGAGGAGCGGUCUCGAGCACUGGAGGAGGAGCGCGAGUUUUACUCUUCCCAGUCGCAAGCGCUGCAGAACUCGCUCUUGGAGCUGACUGCAGAGAAACAGCAGGCAGAGAGAGACCUCAAGGCUGAAGUGAAGGUACGCAUGGAUCUGGAGAAGAGACUGAGAGAGGCUGAGGAAGCCUUGCAGAGCUUGGAGCAAGGCUUAAAUUCCCUGAAUUGCAACAAGGAGAAAGAGAAGAAGAUGAAAGCAGAUGUCAGUAACUUGAGAAAGUUCUUUGAAGAGUGCAUCCGCAAUGCUGAGCUGGAGGCCAAGAUGCCCGUGAUCAUGAAGAACUCCGUGUACAUCCACAAGGCUGCCACUCGCCGCAUAAAGAGCUGCCGCUUCCGCUGCCGGAGAACCAGCGCCUCCUGGAAUGACAUGAAACAGUCACAGUCCUUCAUCUUCUCACCUGCAGAAGCUGAAAAUAUUGAAGAGCUGAAAGAAGCAGCCAAAAGACUGAGCCGGGACCAGCGCUUUAGGAAAACUAUCUAUCAAAUCAUGAGGUCACAAAAGGAUUCUGCUUCAGGGGACAAAAAGUGACUCUUCCUGGGAGGGGGCUUCUGAGAUCAACCUGCCAUUCAGCUCUGCAAAAGUUACAGCCUUGGGCAUUAGGCUCAGAAGGGAGAUCUGGCAUUUGGUGGGCAAGGUGGGGGAGAGUUGUGUGUAGGAAAUCCCUUGAGUUACUGGCUUUGCUUUAGUUUGAGUGCUCCCUGCAGCCUGGCAGACCUUCUCUGCUGAUCUCUCCAAACCUGUUUGCUUCAGCUGCUUACACUAAGCCAUGUUUGGCCAAGAUGCCACAGUCGGUGUUCACGUGAACCAGAGACCGUAGCUUAGGAAGUGCCUCUCCUUUCCUUUCCUUCCCUGUCUAGUCUGUCUGCCAAACACAAGUGCUUUUGAGGAAACCUUUAGCAGCCUAUGUUCCAGCUGUAUAAUCUCCUCAGCUGAACACAGCUCACCCUGUUCUGCCUGAUCCCCUCUAGGAGCUGCACACCCUCAGUAAAUCAGCACUUCGGUGGGGCACAUGUCCUGAAGACUGCAGCAGUCCCAGCCUCCCAAGCACAGGCAAAAGUAUCAAACACAGGGCCAAACUUUUUGUCUUGAUGCUACAUAAUUUCAAGCAAACAGCAACAACACAAGGUGAAGACAACAGGAGGAUGCUGUGGAUUUGGGUCCAAGGAGGAUCAUGUACAGAGAAGAGCUUAUACGUAACUCAAUGGCAUCCACGCAAGCUGGAGGGAGGGUUCUGUUGUGUGAUGGUGGGCAGAACAUUCCAGGGCCACCUUUGCACAUUUUUUUGCACUGGGACAUCUAGCUGUGUCAGAACUAGGGAAUGUAUUAGCUCUUGGCUAUCUAUUCCUCAGUGUGAAGAAGCCUUUGACUCAGUUUUGACGGCUUCCUCAACACCUCACCUGUGAGGUGAGUUGGGGGGCAGGAGGGAGAAGACUGUCCAGCAACAAAACCCACUGCCACUUCAGGCAAGCUGCAAGGGCUGUGGAAGAGGAGUCCAGGAGAGGAGUCACUUUGUUGUGGAACCCCUUGCAGCCUCCCCCACCUAUUUUAAGUAAGCAGUUGGCUAAUAAUUACCCAUGCUGUAGAAGCAGCACUGCCUGGUGCUUACAGACCACAGGAUAAGCAUGCUCAGAGUGACACCCUGUUUUCUCCUGCGUAUUAAUUGGGAAAUUAAGAAAUAGACAAUACAAAGGUGAAUAAAGUAAGCAGCAGAAGUACAGUUAGGGGUUAGGGGGUGAUAAAGUACAGAUUUACUGUACCUUUCAUGGCAUCAGGACCCCUGGGUAUUAUGUAUGUCCAGUGACACACAGGUGGUUGCUUGCUACUGUCCCAUUCAGACUGUGACAGUGUCCACUAACAGCCUUUGGUUUCUGGCCACCUACAUAAUUCCCUACCAAUUUAGUGUUGUUCUUAGGGAGAAGUCAAGGAUGAGGCUGGGUAGCAAGCCUUGGCUUACCAGCCAGAGGAGAGUGGUUAAAGCUGGGUGGAGGAACAUCCUGUGACAGUGUGAUGCUCCUGGAUGGAAUCACUCUAGUGUGACCAGAGGAAAAGCUUUGAAAACACAGCCUGUACUUCCCAUUUCAGUCAGUUACUGACUAGUAUCCUUCUGCCAGGCAUUGGGAGGUUUCAUCCAAUCAGAAGAUCCAGCUCUGAAGGAGGAUGUUUUUGUGAUAAUAGGUGAUACAGUAGGAGAAGAUUGUUUCCAUCCUUCCUUAGCAUACCUCAUCCUUCUGUGGUUUAUCUACUUGUGUUUAUAUGCUAGAAAGCCACAAAUGAAUUCUUGCUCCUACGAGGCUGAAGGGCUGUGAUAAAGAAGCAAUACAGAAAUGUUUUUUUUCCUUGAUGCUGCUCCCAGAUAAUCUCUGGCUAUUUUCCAGUUACAAGGUCUAUAUUAGGUGAUGCUGGAAGGAACAGAAUAAAGGAUAGCUAGAGAAUGCAUCUGUAAUUCAGGCAGGUAGAAAAAUCACCCUGUGGCCUGUGAAUACAGCAUUUUUGUUCUAUUACCAUCAAAGCCACAAUCUCUGAUUCUUCAGAAGUAUUGUAUGCAGGAGGCAGUCACAUCAGGUCUUCCUUUACUGUGCAUAUUGACAGCAAUAAGUAAAUAAAA